CUUUCUCUCUCUUUGUUUAGAGCGCUUUUUGUUUCCUUUGGCCUCUCAUUGUUCUGACUCUCUUCUUCUUUCACUCUCCUCACUCUUCCCCUCACUCACUAUAUUUUCAUUCGAUUUAUCUUUCCCCUUCGCUUCUUCUGGGAAUUCGAUGGACCCAGAUGCCGAUGGGUUUGCUUUUACUUAAUAAGGCUCCUUCUGGGAUUUUGGGUUGUUACAUUUUGUUCGGAUUUACUGGGACAAGAAGUAUAAGGAAACAACUAGGGUUCUAGGAUUGAAAGCUGGAAUGGUGGGGAAGGAGGAUGCCCCAUAUGGCGGUGACAAUAGUGGAGGCAGUGAAGGUGGUUUGCAGGGGCCGUGCCAAUUUGUGGGUGGCAGGAAAUUGUUUUGGAGGUCUGCAUCAUGGUCUUCUUCGCGGACUUCACUCCCUCCUCUCAACCCGCAUGGUGAAAAGGAGGGUUUAGAUCCAUCUGAAAACAGCAAUAGUAAAGGGGGGCAGGGUCGCAAAAUUUCUGGUCCAUUAACCCCUAGAUCCCAAAACAGCUUCAAGAAUAGGUCCUGUCUUCCCCCGCUGCAACCCCUGUCCAUCGCUCGAAGAAGUUUAGAUGAGUGGCCCAAAGCUGGUUCUGAUGAUAUAGGUGAGUGGCCACUUCCCAGUACGCCUAGUGGGAGGGAUGCGACUGAUUCACGGGAGAGGUUGAAGCUCGAUUUGUCGAGUAUUCAAAAGAAUGUGGGUAAGAAUGGUGGCCUUGUCAAGAGGGAAAAGAUCGCUUUUUUUGACAAGGAGUGCUCUAAGGUGGCGGAACAUGUUUACCUUGGUGGGGAUGCUGUUGCUAGGGACAGAGAUAUUCUAAAGCAGCAUGGGAUCACUCACAUUCUUAAUUGUGUAGGCUUUGUGUGUCCAGAGUACUUCAAGACUGAUUUUGUGUACCGAACUUUGUGGCUGCAAGAUAGCCCGACAGAGGAUAUUACAAGCAUACUUUAUGAUGUUUUUGACUACUUUGAAGAUGUUCGGGAACAAGGUGGGAGGGUCUUUGUUCAUUGCUGCCAAGGCGUCUCACGUUCCACUUCCUUAGUCAUUGCUUAUCUUAUGUGGAGAGAAGGACAAAGCUUCGAUGAUGCAUUUCAGUAUGUUAAGGCUGCAAGAGGUAUUGCUGAUCCAAAUAUGGGUUUUGCUUGCCAGUUAUUGCAAUGCCAGAAAAGGGUACAUGCUUUCCCUUUGAGUCCAAGUUCUUUAGUGAGGAUGUAUAGGAUUGCUCCACAUUCGCCAUAUGAUCCUUUGCAUCUUGUUCCAAAAAUGUUAAAUGACCCUUCUCCAUCUGCCUUGGAUUCAAGGGGUGCCUUCAUAGUUCAUAUUCCUUCAGCCAUAUAUGUUUGGAUUGGUAAGAAGUGCGAUAUGAUUAUGGAAAGGGAUGCAAGAGGUGCGGCCUGCCAGAUUGUUAGGUAUGAGAAAGUGCAAGGUCCAGUGGUAAUGAUUAAGGAUGGCGAAGAACCUUUGUACUUCUGGGAUGCUUUUUCCAGCCUCUUGCCUCUGAUGGAAAAGUCCAAUGUUAAGGUAGAUGCAGUAGAUUUGUCAGUCAAUAGUUGCCCAGGGGAAAGAAAAGUAGAAUCAUAUAGUAUUGACUUCGAGAUUUUCCAGAAAGCAAUCCUGGGUGGUUUUGUUCCUCCAUUUGCAUCAUCAGAGUCUGAACUAGAAACCCGUCUUCCAGCUAGAGGUAGUUCUUGGAGUGCACUUCGAUGUAAGUUUAUCUCGGGAAAUAUGAAGGAUUUUGUCUUUGCCUCAAACUCUGGUCCCUCCAUAGUUUAUCCGGAUUCAACUUAUGUGGUGGAAGAGCAGUGCCCAAGCAAAGAGUUCUGUUCUUCCGCGAGCUCCUUUUUGACAUCAAUGUCUUCUUUACAAUCAUCAUCAUCACCAUCAACAUCUUCCCUAUCAUCGUUAUCCUCAUCUUCAACUUUGUCUUCUUCUUCUUCUCCUCCUUAUCUCUCUCCAGACUCAUUUUCCUCUGAAGCUAGUUGUAAUUCAACUAGUUUCUCGGAUUCCCCUGUUUUGUCUCCUUCAACUACAUUUUGUUCUGGUUUAACAUCUUCAGUUCUGUCUAAUUUUUCUAACAUGAAUCUCCUUCCAUCAAAAGUAUCUCCCCAUUCCGUAUCUAAAAGUUCGAAGUUUAUAGAUGUUAAUUUCAGUUCAGAGUCCUGUUUAAAAACAGCGUCUACCCCAGCAAAAAAAUGUUCACUUUCAAUUGCGGAGCGCAGAGGCAGCUUGUCAAAGUUUCUGAAGCUGCCGAUGCUGACUGAUGAUUCACAGGGAAAAGAUAUCCCCAUUAAUUAUCUCCCAAAUGAGUUUGACGUAAUUACUAGGAACGGUGAUGCUAGUUCUUUGGAUACACUCCAUGAGAAGGAUUCGUUGCAAUCUAGUGAACUGGAACUCAUGGAUCAUGACCUGAAGUGUCGGCCAUCUUUAGGUAGAGUAGAUUCUCUUCAGGGGGAGGUUGCUUUGAGAAAUAGUCUUGACCUACUGACCAAUAAACAUAAACUUGGUGAGAGGGUGGCUACUGCAGAGAAUGCAAUGGCUGAUAAUAGUCUGGUAUCUGAUGUUGUUCAGCCUGUAGUUUGUCGUUGGCCUACCUUGGAAAGGCUUGCAAAGUUUGGUUCUGAUGAUUUGGAUUCCAAAUCUGCAUUUGUUUUCAUCACUCCUACUUCAUUUCCUGAAAAAGUGGAGGCGGGUGUUCUCUACCUUUGGGUUGGACGGCUUUUCAAUUCAAAUGAAUGCAAGUAUCAGUAUGAAAGCAAUCUCAGUUUUGGUGGUCAACGGGAUUUUGACUGGAAAUAUGCUACUUCAGAUGUUGUUUCUCGAAUGGGUCUGCCGAAGGACAUUAAAAUUGAGAUCAUAAUGGAGAAAGAAGAACCUGCAGAGUUUCUGUCUCUCUUGAGUUCUUUGUGACGUUAAUGAUGCACCUCCACCCAUUAUGUAUGAUCUCCUGCUACUGCAAGUUUCUUUUGGUCCUGACGAACUUCUAUGUCAAGUUGAAGGUAUUUGGUAUUUCCUUUCCUUUUAGAGAUGAUUUUUUGUAGUUCUCUAUCCCUUUUCAAAAUUGUUAAGAAACUAAAGUUCGCUGCUGGUACAAGUAAAUUUGAUUGCCCCAUGUCCUCUUUUUCGAACCAAUCAUAUCCUGCAUAUGGUGCUUCAUUUCCUUGUAUGGCUGCUUCAUGUGUUUAAACAAUUUGUUCUUCUCUGAAGUUGUUUUUGGCAAUGCAGGAUGCUGUGGUGUCAUUUCCGAGGUGGGGUUCUAAUGGCUGUACUGUAUAGAGCUUUUUUCUUAACCCUCAAGGCGUUCGUCUUGCUAAAUCAACUUUUUGUACAUUGUGAAUUAUUAGAACACUAAUCUUAGAAUCCACAAAAGAAUUAGCUAGGUAGGCUGGGUUUUCCUCUCCACAUCAGCUUGUGUAAAUGAAACUCCAGGCUUUCGCCAAUUGAAAGCAAAGACGAAUAGGCAAAAUUUAGUCUUGGAGAUUGGUUGUUUUGCUUUGCAGUUUUUAGGCAGUAGUGGGUUAUUUAGCCUUUAAAUAGUCACUUUGUUCAUUUUGCUCAUGGAUAGGGAAAGGAACUAUCAUCCAGAUCCACUAAUCCUUUUUCUUUUGAGCAUUUCAACGGCACAGUUGUUCAGUUAUCUCCAGCUCUGAACCAAAGGGUUGUUAAUGUUGAAAUCACGAAAUGUACUCCCUCUGCCUCAAACGUGGAUUAUUUUUUUAGACAAAAAAUCAAAUUAAUUAAACAAUCUUAUGUUUGAAAUGUAAAUUUUGUUUUUUUUAAAAAAAUCAUUCUAUCUACUAAAACAGAAC